AGCUAAUAAUUUAUCACAUCUUCAUUACUUUUUAGUCGUCUUAAAUGAAAACAGUUUAGUUUCUUGUAUAAAUUAAGUCCCUAUUUUUGAUAUACACAGCAACAUUUUUAAAAACCUCACACACAAACUAAAGAUAAUAAGACACCUCCAUGGCUCCAUAUAUGUAUACGUAGAUUGUAGACAUACAUACUCUGAAAUCAUUGUGUGGAUGUUGAAAAUAUUACCACAGACUUAUCAAUAACUACCUAGGUCAAUGAUAUACACAUGAUUCAACAAAUUAUUUUUCUAUGUUAACGAUCUUAGUACACAUUCCUCAAAGUUUGAUCAUAGUUAAAUUUUUGGGAGAACUUGAUUUUCAAAACAUAUUUUAAUUAUAAGUCAUUGGAGAAACGAUUUUCUUGUGAUAUAAAAUGUUCUGAUACAUUUGAAAUCAUUUUGUCAAAUGAAAAUUUGAUGAAUAUUUCUCAACUCUUUUUCUCUUUCUCCUUUUUUAAAAAUUUGUUUAUUAUUAUCUUUAUUGAAAAAGUUUUGUGAGAGACUACUAUAUAUUGUGAUUUUGUGAAUGCUUUUAUUAUCGGUUGGCAUGUUAUAAUCAAAAUAUAUAAAGUUAGCAUACAAAAUUGAUUGUUGACAUCUCAAGCUGACCUACAUAAAUGCAUUCCGUGUAAAACAUUUGUUUAGAAGAAACUAAAAGUUGAAGCAACAUUUAUAUGACAAAUUGGUGGCAUGAUAAUGAAAUUUGUAUCACUAUACUAAAUUCAAGUCGCGUGACUCUAACCAAUCUUUCACUCCCCGUCGUAGUUUUGAGUAUUUUCAUUGUUUAAAAUGAGAUGUAUAUGAAGUUUGGUGUCAUAUCCCAAUCCAUCUAUAGAUAAUACGUGUUAAUUAAUGACAUAUUGAUGAGUACUUGGCAAUUUUUUGAAUGGAUAUAUCCCAACUUGGAUUUUGAAAAAGAAAACUAAAAUGUUAAUACUUGCUAUUAGCUUAAACACACCACGAUAUGUGUUUCAAACUUUAUAAAAUAUUAAAAGAUCGAUUGCCGGCCUGUAUUUUGCAACUUCAACCCCAUUUUGACUUAAAGAAAGUAAACUAGAUCCAUAUUAUAUUGCUUUUAGUAAGAUAAGUAUCCCCCAAGCUGUAAACAUCCAACUAUAUACAUUUAUUAUAUAUACACUUAUAAAUUUAUUUUCGUAUUGAAGGGCACAUUUAUAUCGAAGUACAUGGACGGCAUCUUUUCUCUUAUAUAAUUUAUUUCAGUCUUGUUUUUUCUAUUUCACUUGAAAUCAUGAAAGCUAAAAAGAUGAAGAAAGAGAGCAACCUAGCAAAACUGGUGAAAUCUCCCGUUCGUUUUUUGAUCAUGGCACGUGAUGCCUACAUACGUAGCAUGACAUCAUGCUCCGCCGGUUAUAUUCGUGGUGGUGGUGGCUCCGGCGGUUUCGGUUUGCCGGCUGGUAAUUUCCAAAUCUGCGAAGAACCAAGCACCACUCUCCCUCGUAGCUUCACACUCAAUUCGUCCACGACGACGGUAGCGACACGUGAACGCUGCCGGUUUGUCUCGGACUACUCACGUGGUGGUGGAGAAAUCACGGUGGCGACUGGAGGACCGUUGGACCUCCGAAGAAACUAUAGCUGCAUAGUGAUGGGAAGGAUCGAUGAAGAGCAGGCUUGUGAUAAGUUCGAAGAAGAGGAUUUGCUAUUUGACAAAUUCAAGAAACGAAAAAUAGAUAGAGUUUUUACUAUACAUCCAAGAUAAAAGAAAAAAAAAGUAAAGACCCUUUGAAUUUUCCGUUUUGUUUUCCUCUUUCUUGUUGAUUUUUAAAGGGAUUGAUUUUGUUUUCAUUGUUAAGUUGUUGUGCUUAUAGGUUUCUUGUAGUAUAUAAAUUUCAAUACAUGUAGAAUA